AUGGAUACCACAAACAUGCCCCUCCAGGCUGAGAUGGUGGAGCUAGUGCCCAACGGGAAGCACACAGCUGCGCUCACCACCUCCGCCGUCCCCUCGCUGGCGGGUGACAGAUUUGAGGAGAACCAGACUGGUGUGGCAGAGAUGGAGGAGUUCCUGCCCCAUGGUGCUGAGAAGAAGCAGACACACUUCACUGACUUCGAAGGGAAGACGUCUUUUGGGAUGUCUGUCUUCAACCUGAGCAAUGCCAUCAUGGGCAGCGGCAUCCUGGGACUGGCCUAUGCCAUGGCUAACACUGGCAUUAUCCUAUUCCUCUUCCUCCUGACAGCGGUGGCCCUGCUCUCCAGCUACUCCAUCCACCUGUUGCUCAAGUCUUCAGGCAUUGUAGGCAUCCGCGCCUACGAGCAGCUGGGCUACCGAGCCUUCGGCACACCAGGAAAGCUGGCCGCAGCCAUCGCCAUCACGCUGCAGAACAUCGGAGCCAUGUCCAGCUACCUGUACAUCGUCAAAUCUGAAGUGCCUCUGGUCAUCCAGCCCUGCCUCAACCUGGAGGAGAAGACCACGGACUGGUACAUGAACGGGAACUACCUGGUGAUCCUGGUUUCAGUUACCAUUAUCCUGCCCCUGGCCCUCAUGAAGCAGCUGGGCUACCUUGGCUAUGCCAGCGGCUUCUCCCUCAGCUGUAUGGUCUUCUUCCUCAUCUCGGUCAUCUACAAGAAGUUCCAGAUCCCAUGCCCACUCCCAGAGCAGGAGGGAAACCUCACGGACAUCCUCAAUGUGACUUCGGUCACCACUAGUGACUACCAGAAUGGCUACACUGUCCUCCAGGCCCCUGAGCAGGACACCUGCAGCCCCAGUUUCUUCACCCUGAACUCACAGACGGCGUACACCAUCCCCAUCAUGGCCUUCGCCUUUGUCUGCCACCCCGAGGUCCUGCCCAUCUACACCGAGCUGAAGGACCCCUCCAAGAAGAAGAUGCAGUGCAUCUCCAACAUCUCCAUCAUGGUCAUGUACCUCAUGUACUUCUUGGCUGCCCUCUUUGGCUACCUCACAUUUUAUGGUCGCGUGGAGUCAGAGCUGCUGCACACGUACAACAAGGUGGACCCCUUUGAUGUGCUUAUCCUGUGUGUGCGGGUGGCUGUGCUAACAGCUGUCACACUCACUGUCCCCAUUGUCCUCUUCCCGGUGCGCCGGGCCAUCCAGCAGAUGCUGUUUCAAGGGAAAGACUUCAGCUGGAUCCGCCACAUCAUCAUUGCUGUGGUCCUGUUGACCUUCAUCAACCUCCUGGUCAUUUUUGCCCCUUCCAUUCUCGGCAUCUUUGGCUUGAUUG